CCUGGGCUUAAGCGAUUCUCCUGCCUCAGCCUCCCAAAGUGCUGGGAUUACAGGCAUGAACCAUGCCCAGCCCAGCCAAGCCAAAUCUCACUUUUUAAUGUCUGUGUGUUGGGCUGGGGCGGGAGGUGGGGGGUGGCCAUAAGUUGCUUUACUGAACCCCUCUGCCUUGCAGUGGGUGAGUCUCGUGACAUUCCUUCUGGGCUGCCUGUCCUCUUUGUGUCCAUUUGUCUAGGUCUGAAAGUCUCCAGGUGGCAGGGCCUGGCACCUGAUGUACCCCUUCCUCAGUACCCCCUCCCUCAGUUCCCCUCUGUGGAAUUUGCUGGGCUGGCCUCAGAGACACCCUUCUGGGACAGGGUGAUAAACAGACCCAGUUUCAAGUUCAGACUCAGCUCUCUGACCUAAGGCAACUUGCUUAACCUCUCUGGACCUCAGUUUCCUCAUCUGUACAAUAGGUCUAUUGUGAGAGUAAAAUAAUGGCUGUAAAAUAUCCUGACACAGUCCCCAGUCCAUUGGAAGUGGCCACCUUGGGCUAGAGGCUGGCAGAAAUGAAUGAGCACCAACCCUACUUGUGAAGAGCUUGAAGUCUGGUGGGGAGGACACCCGGGAAAAUAUAACUGCCCUGGAGUGCAGUUGGCCCUGUAGUGCUGGGUCAGUGCUGGGCAUCCUAACUCCAUCACUUACUAGCUGUGUGAUUUGGGGCAAGUUGAUCGAUGUCUCUGUGCUGCACUUUCUUCUGUUAAUUGUGCAUCUCACAGACUCAUUGGGAAGAUUCAGUGACAUGAAUCAUGACAUAUUCAACACAUAGAUGUUGAAAUCAAUGGUAGCUGGCACUUUAUUACUAUUAUUAUUGUUAUUAUUGUUAUUGUUAUUCCCAUAUACAAGGUGCUGUUGGGAACACAGAGGAAGUGACUGGCUGGGGGUUCAGGGAAAGCUCCGUAGAAGAGGGAACACUUGAGCUGGGUCUUGAAGGAUGAGUAGAAGUUCACCAAGUGGGAAAGGACACUCUAGGGUCGCAGGAAGACAAACCUUCUGGAAGACUGAGAUAGCCCUGAAGGCCCAUCCUUCAUACUGCCCUGGUUGAAAAGGCCUUCUAACCGCACAGGCCUGCCAUGGAACUUGCCAGAGGUGAGGGCCACCAGUCUGUCACACACUUUUACCAAAGAGCCCCAGACUGCCCUAGCUUCAGGCCUCUUCGGCCCCUCCGUAACCACAGCAUUCUCAUCCACAUCGUUGUAGGCCAGGUGUUGCACGUGGCAUUGAACAACCACACAUGGCCUGUUUCUUGAAGAUAACUUUCCAGAAGUACAAUUUCUUGAGUCAAAAGGCAAUAAUCAUUUGGGUCACUGUAAAUUGUCCUGCCAAACUGCCCCUCAGAAAGGCGAUAUCUGGUGACCCCAUGUUGCCCCCUGAUUUUGAGAAGGAUAUCUGGACUCAAGGAGACAGGGGGCAGAAGGGCAGGGAUCAGGGAUGGGCAUUUACAAAUUUGCUCCAGUCCUCCCCAGUUUGUCUCUGGACUCGGGGGCCCUUCCGUGUGGAACGCAUGGGGUUGGCACAGCAGCCUGGGGCCCUCCUGGGGGUGGAGAUUGGUUGGCCAGCACUGGGGUGACAGGGGUGGGAGCUGGUUGAGAGUACUCCAGUCUGGAUGUGACCUUUGCUCUGUGGGGCCCACUAAGUGGGGGCGUGUCACUCAAUUCCAGGUUUUUCAGCCUGGAGAUGUGACUCCCUAGGCCUGGUGGGAGGCCUGCUGUGCUGUGAGGCUGGGGGACCCAUGGGGACAUGGAUCGCAGACACUGGCCCCGACUUGAGUGGGCGCAGCUGAGGAGUGCUCGCCCCAGGCCUCGGGGAGGGCUCUCUUCCCGGUGACAGUCGCUCUCUUCCCGCAGGAUGGCCGAGCCUCGAUUUAACAACCCCUACUUCUGGCCCCCUCCUCCCACCAUGCCCAGCCAGCUGGACAACCUGGUCCUGAUUAACAAGAUCAAGGAGCAGCUGAUGGCCGAGAAGAUCAGGCCGCCUCACCUGCCGCCCACGUCGGCCUCCUCGCAGCAGCCGCUGCUAGUGCCGCCGGCGCCCGCGGAGAGCAGCCAGGCCGUCAUGUCGCUGCCCAAGCUGCAGCAGGUGCCGGGGCUGCAUCCGCAGGCGGUGCCGCAGCCCGACGUGGCGCUGCACGCGCGGCCGGCCACCAGCACCGUCACAGGUCUGGGGCUGUCCACCCGGACCCCGGCUGUGAGCACUUCUGAGUCGAGCGUGGGCACAGGCACGGGCACGGGUACCAGCACCCCGUCCACACCCACCACCACCAGCCAGAGCCGCCUCAUCGCCUCGUCCCCCACCCUCAUCUCAGGGAUCACCAGCCCCCCUCUCCUGGACUCCAUCAAGACAAUCCAGGGCCACGGCCUGCUUGGCCCCCCCAAGUCCGAACGCGGCCGCAAAAAGAUCAAGGCGGAGAACCCGGGGGGUCCGCCUGUCCUUGUAGUCCCCUACCCCAUCCUGGCCUCGGGCGAGACUGCCAAGGAGGGCAAGACGUACAGGUGUAAGGUAUGCCCGCUGACCUUUUUCACCAAGUCAGAGAUGCAGAUCCACUCCAAGUCGCACACAGAGGCCAAGCCCCACAAGUGCCCGCACUGCUCCAAGUCCUUUGCCAACGCCUCCUACCUGGCCCAGCACCUGCGCAUCCACCUGGGCGUCAAGCCCUACCACUGCUCCUACUGUGAUAAGUCCUUCCGGCAGCUCUCCCACCUCCAGCAGCACACCAGAAUCCACACAGGCGACAGACCCUACAAGUGCCCACAUCCUGGCUGUGAGAAGGCUUUCACUCAGCUCUCCAACCUCCAGUCUCACCAGCGCCAGCACAACAAGGACAAGCCCUACAAGUGUCCCAACUGCUACCGGGCCUACUCGGACUCCGCCUCCCUGCAGAUCCACCUCUCGGCCCAUGCCAUCAAGCACGCCAAGGCCUACUGCUGCAGCAUGUGUGGGCGGGCCUACACCUCGGAGACCUACCUGAUGAAGCACAUGUCCAAACACACGGUGGUGGAGCACCUGGUGAGCCAUCACUCACCCCAGAGGACGGAGUCCCCCGGCAUCCCGGUGCGAAUCUCUCUCAUCUGAGCCCACUGGAGGCGCCGCCCCACCCGGCCCACUGGCAGACACAGACCCAGGCAGCACCAGGCCCCAACUCCCUCCAGGGGCCCUCCAGGAACCACCAAGCUCUCUCACCACCUUCCCAACCUUCCAGAAAGCUUGGUCCGCAGAAGCCCUGCCUGGUCCAGUCCAGGGGCGGCCAGGCCAACUGCAAGAUUCUGGACUGUUUUGGUGGCAUCCAAAGACGAUCUCAGAGCACUUUGAACCUCUCUGUUGAGUUUUCUUUUUGUUCCCUACCCUUCACUUGCUUCACUUUUUUUUUUUUUUUUUUAAGUUUGUUUUGGAAAUAACAGAAAAGAUAUUUAUUGGCCAGGAAGUUGGUGCUGCUAAGACCGAGAAAUUUAAAGAAUCGGACAGAUGGACGCAGAGAACCAGAGGGCAGUGUGGGACCUUCUCUUGCCAUGGCCUCAGGUCUCGAGGGGAGGCUCAGGCCUGGGUUUCUGGACUGCAAAGGGGACCCCCAGGUGGGAGGGGCAGGAAGCAGCCGGAGUGAGCCCUUCGCCCCUGAGUGCCUGGCUCGCACCUCGAGCUGUGCCCCAGGCAUCACUGAGCAGAGGGGUGCGGUAGCUUCAGGAGGCAGAAAUGAGAGGGGCGGGAGAUCCACAGGACCAAAGGGUGCAGUGAUGGGCUGGGUGGCGGGCCCAGGGAAAUGGGGUGGGGAUGGGCUGGGUAAGACCUGGCCCUCCCCUGCUGCCCUGAAGACCACCCCAGUCUACCUCGGUGCUGGCCAGGAAACCUUUCGGCUACCUCUCCCACCAUGCCAGACUGUGGGCAGGGGGAUGGGGAGGGAGUGGGCCUGGGGCUGGGACCUCCCUCCAGAAUUUCCUCCAGAUGGGGGCAGUGCCCAGGGAGGGGUUAUUUGUCUUCCCUGCCAUGGAGUGGGAAUCCCCAGCCGAGGCCCUAGGCCCCUCAGCAGGGAAGGGAUCCUCGGGGAGGCAGGUCCCAGGAGCAGACCCUGCCCCCAGCCCCCACAGACACACCCCAAUCUGAAAGCCAUGCGUGUCCGUGUAUAUAGGAACCAUGUACAGAGCCCGGAGAAGCCCCCUACAUCCCCCCGGGAAAAAAAGAAAACUAGACAGAAACUCAUCUAUAUAUUCUGUAUCUGGAGUUCCGUUUUGAAUAUUAACUGUGUUAUUUUUAUACACUUUUUAAGCCUUAACUCGCCAUUGAUUUACCAGUUUAACGUUUCCUGGGGUUUCUUUUCCCAUGGGGUUCUCUGCCCCCACCCCCAGCCCUUUGUUUGACUUGCGUCGUCUGAUACUCAGUAUUGUAGCUUUUUGUCCGCAUGUUACUCCCUGUAAAUACGCUGUUAUACAUACUGUUAACACCCCUUUGCUUUUUCUAUGGGACCUCCAGGCCACCAUAUUUAGAACUAGUUACCUUAUUAAAAAAGAAAAAAACAGUCUGUUGGCUUCUCAGUCUGCAUCUUGGAGGCAGGGAGGUGAGGGCAGGUGCCCCUCAGACACUUCAGGAAGGUAGUUUGCAUUCUAUUUAAAAAAGGGGGUGGGGAGCAAAUGAAAAUCAAAUGUAGGGGGAAAACACUAAAGGGGGCAAGAAACAAAGGAAUUACAAACCCUCUGCUCUUUGUAUUUCUCUGUUGUGAAGAAUAAACUGUACCUGCACCCGGG